AUGGUAAUUCGGCAAAGUUUUAAGCUAUUAUCCUAUCACGAAAAAUCUAUGACUCUCACUCCAGAACAAGCGGCUAAGAUAGCCGAAGAACAAAAGAUGAUUCAUAAUAUACUGUACAAUAAGGAUAUGCUGGAUAAUAGCCAUACGUUUAACACUAUUGCCAACGAAAUCUACAAGAGAAUGGGAACUAACACAAACUCAACCCAGUAUGUUGAAAGACUAAAGGUCUUGCAGACUGAAGGUAUGCCUAGACUGUUUAAGGACUUCUUAACCUUUAUUCCCGAAGUGGUUAGAAAUCUUAUUCAUGUUGGUUCGUGUGAACUUGUUUACAUUGUAGGCUUUGCUAUCUUUCUAUUUUUCUAUGACGCAUUUUAUCACCAUAUUCGGAAACUAGUUAGUUAUCGUCGUAUACUAGUUGAUAUGGGUAUCUUUAUUCCUUAUAUUUUAGCACACAUUCUUUGGCGUUGGUCUGGGACUACUAAUGGUAUGGUACAAGUUCAGUUUCUCUUUAUUGCUAGUUUAGUUGUGAUUGUGCCACGAGUAGCUAUGAUGUCCGUUAAGUACGUCAUUCCGGCAAUAAUUACACAAGUACAACUUAUCACGGGUACAAGACGUAAAGAAGAUGGAGAUUUCAAGUAUACGAGUCUUUUCAUGAAAGGUGGAGAGAUGUACCAUAUGGUUGGUAUACUAGCAGCUGUAACACUAGGAAUUGUUUUGGCUUUUGGAGUUUAUGGGGCUUCUGGCACCUACCGAGUUGGAAUUGAAGGUGAUCAAUUAGGUGGUAUUUUAAAGGCUGAUUAUACUACGCGAUUUCGUGCGCAGUGUUGUAUGGCUAUUCUCUUUCUUGGGGUUUCGCGUGCUAUCUAUCUUUAUGCCGAGCGAGUUAUGGCCGUAUCACGGUUCACGUCUUCUAAUAAGUUCACAUCCUUGAAGAACAUGGCAGAUGCCAAAGGCAAACUGAUUAGCACUAAUACUUACAUCUUUGGAAUUCUUGGAUGUAUUUCGUUUAUGUUUAUCUACUACAGUUGGACUUUGCCCUUCAGUAAUACCCGAUUGGCAGUUGACUUGGCUAUUAUUGGCUAUGCAAUUAAUGCUACUGUUUCAGAUUGGACAAGCUUUGUUUCUAUCUUCUGGAAGGUCUUUGGUCCUGGUUGA